AUGUCAUUCUUUGAUGGAAUUCAAAAGGAAGGCCUAGGAUGCAUAAAAGAGAGCACCACAGCAAAAGUUUCGCUAGAUGAUUGCCUUGCAUGCAGUGGAUGUGUGUCUACAGAAGAGCUUGAUGUGUUGACUAGAGACCCAUCAUCAGCAAUUGAUCGAGAAGCCAAGACGUCGUUUGUUAUCUCACCACAAUCAAAAGCAAACAUAUUCGACAUAUACCAAUCUGAAAGGAUCAAUUACAGAAUGUUUGAGAAAGGCCUGUGUGUGUUUCUUAAGAAUUCAUUUAACGUAGAUCAAAUAGUUGACACAUCGUAUGUGAGGAGCAAGGUUUAUGAAGAGAUUUACAAGGAAUAUCUUGCAACAGAGCAUCUGAUAGUUAGUUCAUGUCCUGGAGUUGUUACGUAUGUGGAGCGAACAGCACCACAUCUUCUAGAGUAUCUUUCGCGUGUGAAGUCGCCACAACAGAUGGCAUAUUCGCUUGUGAGCAGGAAUAAGUCUGUAAGUGUGAUGCCGUGUCAAGACAAGCGAUUGGAGAACGGAAGGGAUUUAGUUAUGUUUGAUGCGAUUUUGACAACCAAGGAAUUCCACAGUGUAUUGCGCAGCUUGUCGUUUGAUGUGUUUAUAAACGAAUUUGAUGAUGAAUGUGAGGUUGAGACGCAUGAGAUGACGCAGUGGAACAUUGGUACAAGUACUGGUGGCUAUACUGAGUUUGUUGUUGGUAAGGAAUGCCUGAGUAGACUGAGUGUUGUGAAGGAGGGCGUUGUGGAACAUAUUGUUAGUUCUGGCGAUGUUUUAUGCCAAAUAACCGGGUUGGAAAACUCGAUCAAUUACUUCAACGCAAGCAGAGCAAAUGGGCCAAAAUACAAAAUGGCAGAAGUAUUUUUAUGCAAAGGAGGAUGCAUUGCUGGGCCUGGACAGGAGGGAAUAGGCAAAACAAGUACUGAAUCAUAUGAUCGAUAUGGAAAAGAAAAGCACAAGAUGAUAUACAGCAUAUUUGGUGAAGAAGAGAGCAUAAGAGGAGCAAUGGAGCAGAAGAGGGAAUUUGCAGCUGUGGAUAUGAAAAGAAAGACAUUUAAGGUCGACUGGUGA